CUGGUUUUCGUUCAAGUCUUGGCAAUAAACGUUAUGGUUUAUUUUAGAUUAUUUUUUCUAUCAGUUCUAUUGACUUGUUUGCCGGGGAAUGCAACAAAAUGUGGCUGCAAGUCUAUGAGAGCAUGCUACAGGAGCAUGUUGAGGGAUCUAAGAUCGGGGGGUGAGGAGGCCUGUGUGGAAAACGUACCAGUUAGCACCGCCACUGUAACAGUAUUUUUGCACGCUCUAUAUAAAUACUGUGGGAAAGUCAUUCAAGUGAAGAAAAGUGGAGUCACGUACGUCGGAAGAACUUUGUAUGAGGUGGUUAUAAACGGUUCUUCUUGGGGGAACAGCUCCAAGUCCGUGACCGUUAUAGACGCAGGCCAGGAUGCUAGCGAAGCCCCCGUGGGUUUCGCCCUCUACCUCAUAGAGCAGCUUGUCGCCUGUAUGGAGUAUCAGAAGAUGAUAGACCACAUCAGAUGGGUGAUCCUCCCCUCUACAAACCCUGAUGGAAUGGAAUAUUCUAGAGCAAAACAUGAAUAUUGGAAGAAGAAUACACGCCUGAUCAACAAUUUAAGCUACGGAGUGGAUAUAACUAGAAAUUUUGAGGUGGCCUGGGCAGAUUGUUCCGCUGCAAACAACAGCUUCUCCCAAGAUUACCCUGGACACCAGGCGAACUCUGAAAACGAGACUAUAUUCAUUAGAAAUACGAUACAAAAGUAUUCAGAAUCGACCAAAGCUUAUGUUUCACUACGACGCGACGGUCACGGAAUCUUCUAUCCGUUCGCCAACGAAAACUCUUCUAACAAUGGCACGGAAACGGCAAAGGAGGUAGCCGGCUACGUCGCCUCCAAAGUAAACCAGGAGAUAUUCCUACAUUUGUUCCAAAACGACAGUAUUUUCAACGCUAACAUUAAGCCCCACUGCGGGCACAGCGUGGACUAUGUUUUUAAAACGUUCGCCGUCCCGUACGCUUUUGAAAUGCGAAUGUUCGUCGAGUCGAGUAACGAAAUAACGUCAAAAUUUCACCGGAUGCCCAAGGGAUACGGCUCCUCGCUCACAGCGGAAUACUUCGCCGGAAUUAAAGAACUAUACCGACAUAUAAGGAAAACAACCGAAUAAAUCGUAUAAAGCCCCCGGCGAUUUCAUAAUUUCAAGACGAAUAUGGGUCGAGCGAAUCUGAGAUUCUAGAUGGAAAUAUCAGAGCACCGGUCGCUAGGAAGUGUUACCUAAUAUUAUAUUAUUUACUAUA